UUUCCUGGAGCUCUUGAUUGAGAUCCGCAACCGUCACAACGAUGUGGUUCCCACCAUGGCUCAGGGAGUCAUCGAGUACAAGGAGAAGUUUGGCUUUGACCCCUUUAUCAGCAGCAACAUUCAGUACUUCCUCGACCGCUUCUACACCAACCGUAUCUCCUUCCGCAUGCUCAUCAACCAGCACACUCUCCUGUUUGGUAACGACACUAACCCUGCACAUCCAAAACACAUAGGCAGUAUUGAUCCCACCUGCAGUGUGGCUGAAGUCGUCAGUG